UCCAAUCCCUUAGCGAAGCCCAUUCAACCUUUUGAAGUAAACAGGUCCGCUUGCAGUAAUUUAACAGAUUUCGCGUUCCAGCUUCUAGAGCUCUUGGAAACCCCGAAAUUAUUCGAUUUACGAUGCACAGAUGCAAUCUUGUAUGUUCAUUGGAUGAGGAACUUCCAGUGUCAAAAAAUACCGAGUAUCGCAACAGUGGAGCGGCUUUGUAAUAAGGUCGAAUUGUUUUCCCGAGUCCAUCGAAUAAAGGCUUGGUUUUGAUGUCUUUUACUGCAAAAUGGAGCAUCGAUCGGCUGGGGAACAGAUGCUGGAGAGUUCCCGGAGAGAUGCGCGGACUGUGAAGAUGUCCGGAGGUACAUAGAGACUAUUUACUUGAUUAAAAUAUAUAUCAGUACAGAUAUCAUCUUUCAAGAGCCGUAUCAGCGAUUUUUCUUCUCGAUCAUUUCAGACCGGUGAAACCCCAACAAUAAGCAAACAUGUCAAAGCUCAUCGUCGUGGUCGGCGUCACAGGCGCUCAGGGCUCCUCAGUAGCAAAGACCUUCCUCCAACUCCCAGGCUGGCGCGUCCGGGGUAUCUCGCGCAACCCUUCCAGCCCAGCAUCCCAAGCCUUAUCUACCCUCGGCAUCGAAAUCAUCAAAGGCGACCUCGAUGACAAAGCCUCACUUCUCGCCGCCUUCCAAGGCGCGACCACCAUCUUCGCCAACGUAGAUUUCUUCAUCCACAUGUUCAGCGCCGUCCAAUCUCCAGAAAUAGCAUCAGGUCGCGACCCCAAAAUCUACGGCCACGACCGCGAAAUCGAACAAAGCCUCAACAUCGCCGAGGUCGCCGCCUCUCCAGCGAUAAUCAAGACCCUAGAGCGAUUCAUCUACUCCUCGCUCGCCGACGCCACGGAAUGGAGCGGCGGAAAGUACACGGCUGUGUACCAUUUUGAUUGCAAGGCGGAAGUGAUUCGUGUUAUUCGAGAGAAGUACCCUGAGCUUGCGGGGAAGAUGAGCCAGCUGAGGAUGGGGCACUACGUGGAGAACUGGAGGACGUUCCCACCGAUGGGGCCGCAGAAGCUGGAGGAUGGGAGGUUUGUGCUGAGGAGACCUACUGCUGCGGGCUUGCAAUGGCCGUUUGUGGUUGCGGAGAAGGAUACGGGGGAGUUUGUGAAGGCGCUGGUGGAUUUGCCGGUUGGGAGCAUUUUGGCUGGUGUUUCAGAGACCAUGACCAUGCCGGAGUUCAUCGAAACAUGGGGCAGAGUCCACGGCAAAAAAGCUGCGUACGAACAAGUGCCGUAUGAUGAGUUCUUUCAGGGAGUUCCUGUUGCGAUGAAAGAGGAAAUAGGGGAUUCAUUCAAGUUCAUUGAGGACUUUGGGAUUUCUGGCGGAGAACCGGAUAUAUUGACACCGGCGCAGCUCGAGUACAAGCUCAAGCUGACGACCGUAGAGAAGUGGAUAAAAAAUGAGGAUUGGUCGUCUGUUUUGGGGGCUCAGAAGUGAGCUUGGCGAGUGAUUUGAUUGCAAUUGGGAAGAGGAGCUCAGGGACCACAAAGUUUCCAAGUGCUUGUAGCUGGUGGUAGUAGCC